GCGCGUACACGUGGUGGGUCAUUAUGCUGCUGCACCUGUGUAGUGUGAAGAAUCUGUACCAGAACAGGUUCUUAGGCCUGGCCGCCAUGGCAUCUCCAUCCAGAAACUCCCAGAACCGACGCCGGUGCAAGGAGCCCCUCCGCCACAGCUACAACCCGGGCCAGUUCCACAGCAUGGCCAUUAGGACCGGCCCCCAUGGCGCUGUCACCAUCCCCCGCUCCACCAGCGACACCGACCUGGUCACCUCAGACAGCCGCUCCACGCUCACGGUCAGCAGCUCCUAUUACUCCAUAGGGCACUCGCAGGACCUGGUGAUCCACUGGGACAUAAAGGAGGAAGUGGACGCCGGGGACUGGAUUGGCAUGUACCUCAUCGAUGAGGUCUUGUCGGAAAACUUUCUGGACUAUAAGAACCGUGGAGUCACUGGUUCUCAUCGGGGCCAGAUCAUCUGGAAGAUUGAUGCCAGCUCUUACUUUGUGGAGCCUGAAACUAAGAUCUGCUUCAAAUACUACCAUGGAGUGAGUGGAGCCUUGAGGGCCACCACGCCUAGUGUCACCGUCAAAAACUCAGCAGCUCCUAUUUUUAAAAGUAUUGGCUCUGAUGAGACUGUGCAAGGGCAAGGAAGUCGGAGGCUGAUCAGCUUUUCUCUCUCAGAUUUCCAGGCCAUGGGGUUGAAGAAAGGGAUGUUUUUCAACCCAGACCCUUACCUGAAGAUUUCCAUUCAGCCUGGGAAGCACAGCAUCUUCCCUGCCCUCCCACACCACGGACAGGAGAGGCGAUCCAAGAUCAUCGGCAACACCGUGAACCCCAUCUGGCAGGCCGAGCAAUUCAGCUUUGUGUCCUUGCCCACUGAUGUGCUGGAAAUUGAGGUGAAGGACAAGUUUGCCAAGAGCCGCCCCAUCAUCAAGCGCUUCUUGGGAAAGCUGUCGAUGCCAGUUCAGAGACUCCUGGAAAGACAUGCCAUAGGGGACAGAGUGGUCAGCUACACACUUGGCCGCAGGCUUCCAACAGAUCACGUGAGUGGACAGCUGCAGUUCCGAUUUGAGAUCACUUCCUCCAUCCACCCAGAUGAUGAGGAGAUUUCCCUGAGUACCGAACCUGAGUCUGCAGAAAUUCAGGACAGCCCCAUGAAUAGCCUGGUGGCAAGCAGCCGUGGGGAGCCCCCUGGCACUAAUGCACCAGAGCCCUCGGGGACCUCGAGGCCGGAGCAGCUGAGCCAGGGCAGCGCGGUGGGCCCUGCAGGGAACGAGAGCCUGGAGCUUGCCAAUCCGGUUGAGGCAGCCGCAGGUACCACGGAGGCAGGAGACGAUGGCACGGUCUGUGUGAGGCCUGAGGGGGCUGGGGAGCUUCCGGCCCCCUGGUCAGAGGACACGGAGCCCGCCCUGAGCGCGGAAGAACUGGCCGAACGGCUGGACCUGGGAGGGGAGGCGGCCCUACCCGGGCUGCUGGAGGACGGUCGAGCCCCGGGCAGCCCCGGGGAGCCAGUGGCCGAGGAGGCGGCGGCAGGGAGCCGGGCUGGGGGGCAGGAGGAGGAGAAGGAGCAGGUGGAGGAGGAGGAGGGGGGCGUGUCUGCCCUGGGGCAGGGGGAGGACAGGCUGCCGCUGCGGGCUUCGGGGAAGAGGAAGAGCAGGCCGUGCUCCCUGCCUGUGUCCGAGCUGGAGACGGUGCUCGCGUCCGCCUGCGGGGAGCCCGAGACGCCUCGGACCCACUACAUCCGCAUCCACACGCUGCUGCACAGCCUGCCCUCUGCGCAGGGCGGCAGCGCGGACGAGGACGGCGCGGAGGAGGAGGCCACGCUCAAGGAUGCAUCGGAGAAGGAGGCGCUCAGCGAGGUGGACACGGUCGCCGCCGCCGAGCCUCCGCCCCUGGAAGAGGAUGGAGAGGCCCCCGAGGGGACCACUCCAGGCGCGGCGCCCCCGGGCCGCUCGGGCUUGGCCAACGGCUCGGUCCCAGAUGGCGACACGCUCCCCAGCACGGGGAGCGAGAGCGACUCCAGCCCGCGGCAGGGCGGGGACCACAGCUGCGAGGGCUGCGACGCCUCCUGCUGCAGCCCCUCGUGCUACAGCUCCUCGUGCUACAGCUCCUCGUGCUACAGCACCUCGUGCUACAGCAGCUCCUGCUACAGCGCCUCCUGCUACAGCCCCUCCUGCUACAACGGCAGCAGGUUCGCCAGCCACACCCGCUUCUCCUCCGUGGACAGCGCCAAGAUCUCCGAGAGCACCGUCUUCUCCUCCCAGGAUGACGACGAGGAGGAGGAGAACAGCGCCUUCGAGUCGGUGCCCGACUCGGUGCAGAGCCCCGAGCUGGAGCCGGAGUCGGCGAACGGCGCCGGGUGGCCAGACGAGUCGGCUGCCCCCGCCGGGAGCGUGGCCAGAACCGUGGAAGGUCUGGAGUCCCCCGUGGCAGGGCCGAGCAGUCGGAGAGAAGGUGAAUGUCCUAUACUCCAUAAUUCCCAGCCAGUAAGCCAGCUUCCUUCCUUGAGGCCUGAACAUCACCACUACCCAACAAUCGAUGAGCCUCUUCCACCAAACUGGGAAGCUCGCAUUGACAGCCACGGGCGGGUCUUUUAUGUGGACCACGUGAACCGCACGACCACCUGGCAGCGUCCCACAUCAGCAGCCACCCCCGACGGGAUGCGGAGAUCCGGGUCCAUCCAGCAGAUGGAGCAACUUAACAGACGGUACCAAAAUAUUCAGCGAACCAUUGCUACAGAGAGGCCUGAAGAAGAUUCUGGCAGCCAAAGUUGUGAGCAAGUCCCAGCAGGAGGCGGCGGAGGAGGUGGCGGGAGUGACUCAGAGGCUGAAUCUUCUCAGUCGAGCAUAGACCUGAGGAGAGAUGGGUCACUUUCUCCAGUGAACUCACAAAAAAUCACCUUGCUGCUGCAGUCUCCAGCUGUCAAGUUCAUCACCAACCCUGAGUUCUUCACUGUACUGCACGCCAAUUACAGUGCCUACCGAGUCUUCACCAGUAGCACCUGCUUGAAGCACAUGAUCCUCAAAGUCCGGCGGGACGCGCGCAACUUUGAACGCUACCAGCACAACCGAGACUUGGUGAAUUUCAUCAACAUGUUUGCGGACACUCGGCUGGAAUUGCCCCGGGGCUGGGAGAUCAAAACAGACCAGCAGGGAAAGUCUUUCUUCGUGGACCACAACAGUCGAGCUACCACUUUCAUUGACCCCCGAAUCCCUCUUCAGAACAGUCGUCUUCCCAACCAUCUGACACAUCGACAGCACCUCCAGAGACUCCGAAGUUACAGCGCUGGAGAGGCCUCAGAAGUCUCUAGAAACAGAGGAGCCUCUUUACUGGCCAGGCCAGGACACAGCCUAGUAGCUGCUAUUCGAAGCCAACAUCAACAUGAGUCACUGCCACUGGCAUAUAAUGACAAGAUUGUGGCAUUUCUUCGCCAGCCAAACAUUUUUGAAAUGCUGCAAGAGCGUCAGCCAAGUUUGGCGAGAAACCACACACUCAGGGAAAAAAUCCAUUACAUUCGGACCGAGGGUAAUCAUGGGCUUGAAAAGUUGUCCUGUGAUGCAGAUCUAGUCAUUUUGCUGAGUCUCUUUGAAGAAGAGAUUAUGUCCUAUGUCCCCCUGCAGGCUGCCUUCCACCCUGGGUACAGCUUCUCUCCCCGCUCUUCACCCUGCUCCUCACCUCAGAACUCCCCAGGUUUACAGAGAGCCAGUGCAAGAGCCCCUUCACCCUACAGGAGAGACUUUGAGGCCAAGCUCCGCAAUUUCUACCGAAAACUGGAAGCCAAAGGAUUUGGUCAGGGUCCAGGGAAAAUUAAGCUCAUCAUUCGGCGAGACCACCUGUUGGAGGGAACCUUCAAUCAGGUUAUGGCCUACUCCCGGAAGGAGCUCCAGCGAAACAAGCUCUACAUCACCUUUGUUGGAGAGGAGGGCCUGGACUACAGUGGUCCUUCGCGAGAGUUCUUCUUCCUUUUGUCUCAGGAGCUCUUCAACCCUUACUAUGGACUCUUCGAGUACUCCGCCAAUGACACCUACACCGUGCAGAUCAGCCCCAUGUCUGCGUUUGUAGAAAACCAUCUUGAAUGGUUCAGGUUUAGUGGUCGAAUCCUAGGCCUGGCUCUGAUCCAUCAGUACCUUCUGGAUGCUUUCUUCACAAGGCCCUUCUAUAAGGCACUCCUGAGACUGCCCUGUGAUUUGAGUGACCUGGAAUAUCUGGAUGAGGAAUUCCACCAGAGCUUGCAAUGGAUGAAGGACAACAACAUCACAGACAUCCUCGACCUCACAUUCACAGUUAAUGAAGAAGUUUUUGGCCAGGUAACGGAGAGGGAGUUAAAAUCUGGAGGAGCCAACACCCAAGUGACAGAAAAGAACAAGAAGGAGUACAUCGAGAGGAUGGUGAGGUGGCGGGUGGAGCGCGGAGUGGUGCAACAGACCGAGGCCCUGGUCCGGGGCUUCUACGAGGUGGUGGACUCGAGGCUGGUCUCCGUGUUCGAUGCCAGGGAGCUGGAGCUGGUGAUCGCGGGCACGGCGGAGAUCGACCUGGGCGACUGGCGGAACAACGCUGAGUACCGGGGAGGUUAUCACGAUGGGCAUCUCGUGAUCCGCUGGUUCUGGGCUGCGGUGGAACGUUUCAACAAUGAGCAGAGACUCAGAUUACUGCAGUUCGUCACAGGAACAUCAAGUGUGCCCUACGAAGGCUUUGCAGCCCUUCGAGGAAGCAACGGGCUUCGGCGUUUUUGCAUAGAGAAAUGGGGGAAAAUUACAUCUCUCCCCAGGGCACACACGUGCUUCAAUCGAUUGGAUCUUCCACCUUAUCCCUCGUACUCCAUGUUGUAUGAAAAGCUGUUAACGGCGGUAGAAGAAACCAGCACCUUUGGACUUGAAUGAGGAACUGAAAACUUCCCUGACAUUUUCCUGGCCAGUGACAUCAUCCUUUCCCUUUCCCUGAAUCAACUCUCCUUUGAUUUUGGUAUUCCAUGAUUUUCGUUUUCAAACCAAAUCAGGAUUGACGAGCUGUGCAUGAAGAAUUGCCUUCUUCUAAGAUCUAACCUUCAGGCUUAUCUCCUCUACUUUCAAUGAACUGCUAGCCUGUAUGCAAUAUUUAAAAACAAACAAACAAACAAACAAAAAAACAGCUGUCUCAAGGUCUGUGUAUAUCUCCACAUACCUCCAUUACUAACAAUGAAAUAUGAAUGCAAGUUAUGCUACACUUGACCAAAUGGUAAUAAAUGUUUACUUCCAUUUCUAUGAUUUAAGGGGAAAUUUGAGCAUUAAGCAUUCCAAGCUUUUCUACACCCAUCUCUUCUGA